UGCAGCGGCUCGAAGACGAUCGAUCGACCCUCCGUGACCGGCUGCUGCGCAUUUUCGUCCCCGAUCAUGUCCGCCAUCGCCGUCCCCAGCCCCGUGCCGUCUCCCUCCGACGACGCCGAGGGCAUCAGGAAGGCGCUCCAAGGAUGGCGGGCGGACAAGGAGGCCCUGGUGCGCAUACUGGCGCGGAGGACGGCGGCGCAGCGGUCGGCGAUCCGCCGCGCCUACGCCUUCCUCUUCCGGGAGCCCCUCCUCAACUCCUUCCGCCAGCGGCUCUCCCGCCAGUACUGCCCCGUCACCGUCGACUUCUGGAAGGCGAUCAUCCUGUGGACGAUGGACCCGGCGGAGCGGGACGCGAACCUGGUGCACGGCGCGCUGCGGCGGCGAGGGGACGGCGACCACCUCGCCGUGCUGGUGGAGGUCUCGUGCGCGUCCGACCCCGACCACCUCGUGGCCGUCCGGCGCGCCUACCGCUCCCUCUUCGGCUGCUCCGUGGAGGAGGACCUCGCCUCCUGCCCCGCGCUCCAGCAGCCGCUCCGGAAGAUGCUGGUGAGCCUCGUGAGCUCCUACCGCUACGGCGGUGACCGCGUCGACGCCGACGUGGCGAAGCUGGAGGCAUCGCAGCUCUCGGAGGCCGUCAGGAAGAAGCAGCCGCACCACGACGAGGUGGUGCGGAUCCUCAGCACCCGGAGCAAGCCCCAGCUCAGGGCCACGUUCCGGCGGUACAGGGAGGACCAUGGCACCGACAUCGUCGACGACAUCGACAGCCGCUGCAGCAGCCAGUUCGCCAGGACGCUGAAGAGCGCCGUCUGGUGCCUGACCUCGCCGGAGAAGCACUUCGCGGAGAUGAUCAGGGAGUCGGUGGUGGGGCUGGGGACGUACGAGGACAUGCUGACCAGGGUGGUGGUGUCGCGGGCGGAGGUCGACAUGGAGCAGAUCAAGGAGGAGUAUAGGGCCAGGUUCAAGACCACGGUCACCUGCGACGUCGUCGACGACACCUCCUUCGGCUACAAGGACAUCCUGCUGGCCUUGGUUGGCUGCGAGGAAGAGUGAAGCGGCAAACCUGGAACGAUGCAGUCCAUGGUUGUGUUGCGGGAUGCGCAGAAAACAGAAUGAGAUACUCCUAUGAUCCUAUCAUACCAUAUACGACACCUCCGGCCGGACUCCGCUGUAGCUAUUUUUUACAGUGUAUUUUUAUUUCUUGUGUCAUGGUGAAUGCAUGUUGUUUCUACAUCGUCAUUCUUUUCCUUAAUUAGCACGUGUAUAACCUUUUUCAAAGUGUUUUUAACGGUUUUGUUAAAACCCGCCUAAAUGUAAAAUAAGUA